CCGUCCCACCGAGCCCGGCCUCGAUUCCCACGUCAUGGUCGGUGAUCUCCGCAAACCCCUUUCGCCGCCCGCCGCCGCCGCUAAGAUCGUGGAGAUUGCCCGUCGAUGGCGUUGGGGACCGGAACUUCACUCUCAUCUCGAUCGCCUUCCUUUUACGCCAUCCCCGAACCACCUCCACCUCGCUCUCUCCCAUCUUUCCGAUCCCGAGUCAUCCCUCUCCUUACUCCGUUGGGCUCGCCGCCAACCCUGGUUUUCUCCUUCGGACGACUCCUACUCCGUUCUUCUUGAUCGACUCCAUUCUGCCGGCGACACAGACUCCAUUCUCUCACUCUUUGAUGAGAUCGUUUCGGAUGCCGAUUUGACUGGGGGAAAAGCUGCCUUUCCACAUGCACUUAACCGCGCGAUUCAGUAUCUCGCCCACGCCGACCGCAUGGAGGUGUCUUUCCACUGCUUCAAGAAGCUCCGCGAUGUAAACUUUACUGAGUUUACGACACAGACUUACAAUUCUCUUAUAACCCUGUUUCUCAGCAAGGGAUUGCCUUAUAAGGCAUUCGAGAUAUACGAAGCCCUAGAGGCCAGCGGGUGCGUCCUUGACUCUUCCACAUACGACCUCAUGAUCCCUGCCCUCGCGCGUUCAGGCCGCCUAGAUGCUGCUCUCCGCCUCUUUCUGGAUUCCAAGUCUCGGAGUGCCGCCCGGCCGGGGUUUCCUAUCUAUUCUGCUUUGGUGGACUCCAUGGGCAAGGCUGGGCGGUUGGACUCAGCUGUAGGGCUUUACCGCGAGAUGCUUGCCUCCGGGUACAAGCCGUCUGUUACAAUGUAUGUCUCCAUGAUCGAGUCGUUGGUGAAGGCGGGGAAGCUGGAUGCCGGACUGGGUCUCUGGGAUGAGAUGAAAGCUGCUGGUUUCAGGCCGAACUUUGGCCUUUAUACUAUGAUGGUUGAAUCGCAGGCGAGAUCUGGCAGGCUUGAUCUUGCGGCCACCCUCUUUGCCGACAUGGAGAAGGCUGGGUUUCUCCCUACUCCCUCAACCUACGCUUCCCUUGUUGAAAUGCACUCUGCUGCCGGACAGGUUGACCCUGCAAUGCGUCUUUACAAUUCCAUGAUCAAUACUGGCCUACGACCUGGUUUGAACACCUAUACUUCGCUUCUGACUGUUCUGGCUUCCAAGAAACUCCUGGAUUUGGCUGCAAAGAUCCUACUUGACAUGAAAGCAGGUGGUUUUUCAGUUGAUGUGAAUGCAAGCGAUGUGCUGAUGAUAUAUAUCAAGGAGGGAUCUAACGAGCUGGCUUUGAGAUGGCUUCGAUUUAUGGGCUCAGCUGGAAUCAGAACAAACAAUUUCAUCAUCCGUCAAUUGUUUGAGGCCUGCAUGAAGGCAGGUUUAUACGAAUCAGCUCGUCCACUGCUUCAAACCUAUGUAAGCUCUGCUGCCAAGGUUGAUCUAAUACUCUACACUUCCAUUCUUGCCCAUUUAGUGAGAUGCCAGGAUGAGAAGAACGAGAAAGCUAUAAUGGAUAUAAUGAGCGUGACAAAGCACAAGGCUCACUGGUUCAUGUGUGGCCUCUUUACUGGCACAGAGCAGAGGAAGAAGCCUGUGUUAUCUUUUGUGAGGGAAUUCUUUCAUGAAAUUGAUUAUGAGACAGAGGAAAGUGCUGCUAGGUAUUUUGUCAAUGUUCUUCUUAAUUAUCUGGUCCUUAUGGGUCAAAUGAACCGUGCCAGAUGUGUUUGGAAGGUGGCUUAUGAGAACAAGCUGUUCCCUAAAGCCAUAGUUUUUGAUCAACACAUAGCAUGGUCACUGGAUGUCAGGAAUUUAUCAGUUGGGGCUGCUUUGGUGGCUGUUGUGCACACUCUGCACCGGUUUAGGAAGAGAAUGCUCUACUAUGGUGUUGUGCCUCGGCGGAUAAAGCUUGUGACUGGUUCAAUGCUCAAGAUGGUUGUAGCACAGAUGCUUGGAUCUGUUGAAUCUCCAUUUGAAGUUAGCAAGGUUGUCUUGAGGGCGCCUGGGGAUUCAAUACUAGAAUGGUUCAAAAAGCCUAUAGUCCAACAAUUUUUGUUGAACGAAAUACCGUCGAAAGCUGAUGUUCUUAUGCACAAGCUUAAUGUGCUUUUCCCUAGCUCUGCACCGGAGGUUCGGUCACUUUCGCCUCCUAAGCCAUUUUUAUCCAGAUUUGCAUUACUUUAUGAAUUUAGUGCAACAAGACCCACCCACGAAGACAAGGAUUGUACACAAAGUACUCUGCAACUCGUUCUUCGUCAGCUGGAGAUCCGUAUGGCUUAUACCACAAUACAGUAUUUUGAUGGUGCAUAAGUGCAUUGCAUAGUCCAAAAGGCAAUC